AUGUCAGAACUCAGCAGACCAACGCUCUCACAAACUACUUCGUGGCGGGCUUUGCAAAUGGCAUCGAAAAACUAUGCACUCGUCAGAUUCAUCGGAGUUGACGACGCCAAGGCGUUGGAGACAAGCUUACAAGGACCCCCCUGCCAGAGACAGGAGGUCCCUCCUCUCAAAGCAAGUGCAAAAAGUAAUAAAACUUUUGCUCAGGUCGUGGUUGGCGCUAGAGACCAACAAGCGAGUAACCCUAACCCUCCUAUCACAAUAAAUCCAAAUACUUGUAUGAGCAGGUGGCUAAAAAUUAAUGUUCUAAUCGGAGAAACUCACAGUCUCGACCACAUGGGUACACUUCAUGCUUCAAGGAUAAUAACAGAAGAAACAAAGUAUCAUGGUGGUUUAAGACUCACCAUUCACUUCAACUGCCCCAACGAUGCAACAAAGUUUUUGGAAGAUGAAACCAGGUGGAAAGAUUGGUUCAAAUGGAUGGGGAAAGCCAAUCAAUAG